ACGGUGCGCACCGUCGGUCCGCAUUUGCGUCUUGUGUGUGUGUGUGUUAUUUUUUGUCCGCGUGACACAACCCGCUUCGUUCCGGGUGUUUAAGUGCGCUUACGUGGGAGUACGUUGUGCAGCCAUUUUUUCCUAUUGCUGGCUGCCAGUAUCAGUUACAGAACAUAAGAACAUCAAAACAUCCAAUAGAAAAGUACAAUAAUAAUAAAAAGCGAAAACAAGUGAACAUGAAUGUACAGUACGUGAAAGGGAGGAAACUACCACCGACAACUAGUAGUGGUGCCCGGGUGCGAUAAUCGCUUGAUCACUUCCAUUGAUGCAAUUUCUUCGUGAUCGUGCGUUUGGGGUGGGUGCGUUUGGUAUGUGCGUGUGUAUCGCGGUACAUCAUCGUCAUCGGCUGCAUCUAAAUUGAUUUCAUAAAAAACACCUUUCGCACAUAACAAUUAACUCGAAUGGAUAAUGGGUAUUUGUCUAGAUACAGAAAAAAACAACAGUGCGUCCGACAUAGAGGACCCAGACUGGAAAGGCGGUGGGCCAAGCUCGCGCUCCGCUGUGGUACGCACGCCGAAAAGUGCCAUCACCGGGAUGCAGAACACCGGCAAGGUGAAGUUCGAUCCACCGAAGGUGCCCGUCAUAUUCGUGCUAGGUGGCCCCGGUAGUGGUAAAGUAACGCACUGCGAUACUCUGAUGCAGGAGCGCCGCGGUGUUACGCACAUCAACAUGAUGGACCUGCUGCAACAGUACGCCAUCGGGAAUGAUAUGCAAGACUUCUCCCAGCUUUCCUCGCGCACGGUCACCGAGGUGCUGAUGCUGGAAAUGAAAAUGUCACCCGCCGCCAAAACCUACCUGGUGUCCGGAUAUCCCCGAUCGAUGCGGGACGUCGUCGAGUACUCCGAGAAGAUCCAGGUAAUUAACGGUGUGAUACUCAUAUCCUGGCGCCAGGCCGUCCUACAGAAGCAGAUCGAUUACGGUGCCAAGCUGGGCCACGUGGUGCUGUCGCUGGCCAAGAUGGAGCUGGAGAACUUCUUCAGGAACGUGAUGCCGGUGGCGGACUACUUCGAUCAGAGCGAUAUGUUGAUCGCGAUAAACGGUGAACGAUCGCCGUCGGAGGUGUACAAAGACUUCCGCACCGCCGUACUCGACAUACUCGGUGCGCAAGAAAAUCAGGAAGCACUGUUGAACGGAGUCGCAGGUAUGGGCAGGGGCGUAGAUGACAUACCCGGCAGUAUAGUUAGUGUAGACACGGCACCUAGUCAACCUAAGGUCAUUGCAGCUCCACCCGCACAUCAAGUAGAGUUAAACCAUGCCCGCGCGUCACCGCCGCCGGUCCGCCCGAACCCGCCGGCCGGCCCGAUGAUGGCGCGCCCGACGUCGCACGGGCUGCUGCACCGGCAGCAGUCCCGCACGAGCCUGCACCAGACGGCGCUGACGGGCAUCAUGACGGGCGAGACGGCUACGGCCGUGACGCCGGAGCGCUUUCGACCACGGGCAGCCGUACCACCGCCCGUCAUCUGGGUGAUUGGUGGGCCGGGAAGCAAUAAGGCGAUGCUGUGUCUGAAAGCGGUCGGCAGCAAUCCGGGCUGGGGUCAUUUCAGUGUGGGACGAACGUUACGCGCGGUGGCCGAAUCGGGACCACGUGUUGGAUCGGAUAACUACGCAGUGAAGGAAGCAAUAACGGCGGGUGAGAUGGUGCCGAAGAAGUCGCUCGAUGCCCUGAUCCACAGCCAGCUGAUGCAGUUGGCGGACCGGCGGGGUGUCAUCAUCGAUGGGUACCCGAGGGAUAUGGAGCAGGUCGCUGAUUUCGAACGGAAGUACAAUCAAAAACCUCCGAUCGUGCUGCUGGACUGCUCGAAGCUGCAGCUUGGCCGGGGCCGGUUGGACGAUACCGUGUCCUCCUUCCGCCGACGGUUGGAACUGUUCCGGGAGCUGACGCUGCCGAUGCUCAAAGAGAUGGAUACCGCGGGUCGGCUCACCAUCGUUGACGGUGACACGGACAGUCCCACGGUACAGCGCGAGUUCGAGCGGAUAGUGCGCGUCAAUGUGGAGCGGGUGUUGAACUCCGAGCGGCCUGACUCCACCGGGGACAUACCGCCGGUACAGAUCGGCACGUUCAAGACGGUGCUGCAGCGAUCGCAGCGCACCGACAGCAUGGACGCGAUCGUACAGGAUCUCGACGCGGACAUGCCCGGUGCGGUGCCGACGAUCAGCCACCACGUCAGCCUGGCCAACGGGCAUCUGCCGGGCAGUGGGAAGGUGGGGGUCCAGCCGGCCAAAAAUGGGUACGUCCCCAAUGGACGGCCCAAUUUCCGCAACAUGCUCGAGGAAGCGGACAGUUAUCCGAUAGAUUCGCACAUCUAGAAGGGGUGAAGGUAGAAGUAGUAGCAGCAGCAGCAGUAGUGGUAGUAUUGGAGUAUGCAAUAAGUACAAACGACAUUCGAGCAGUUGGUAGGAGGUAUGUUAGUGAGGAUGCGCUUCAAAAGCGCUUUCCCACGGAACGGUUCUUAACGUAACGGAGCCCAAAACAGCUUUAACAAAACAAAAAUGAACAAACAGGUGAAUGAAACAGGUGUUCGGGGGGAAGAGGAAAGGGUUCGUUGCUUAUGCAUUGGCAUUGGUGUGCCAAACGGAAGGAGUAUUGGAAGGGACAGUAAGGAAAUAGGGGGGAGGGGAUGUCAAAUGUUAGAAAGAUGUUGAAGAGAGAUGUGUUAUCCUUUGUAGUUGUUCAUUCGUGCAAACAGGAAAACAGAUUUGUUAGACGGUAGAGGUUUUACAGAUAUAUUUCGUUUUUCUGGUAGUAUGCUAGUGCAGAGAGGACACUAAAAAGAUGUUAUUAUUUUUUACUCAAUAAAAGAAGUAAUCAGUGCAUUUUAAAUGAUUGAAAAGAGGCAAAGAGGUUUGAUUUACAGCAUUUAAAUUGUCAUGUAACGUAAUAAAACGAUAAUAAAAU